GUUUUAUACACAUUAUUCAGACAUUCAAAUGAGACAAGGCAAAACAAGCAUGAAGACACAAUUUGUGUAUGCUGGUAUUCUAUUUGUAGCAUGUUAUUGUUCAGCAUCAAAAAUACUAUUUGAAGCAACACCAGAAGCAAUAGCUCCAUACCUUUCUAAAACGUUAACUCUGAGAUGCUCCGUGGAGACUGAAACUGAAACGGUUAUUGGACGAAGACAUGCAGCAAAACGCGUGACGGAAACUGUGACGUCACAUGCCGACGUCAACCACGUGACGUCAAUUAUCGUCACAAGGGUCUCAGCCGGAAGUGAUCAGAACGUCACAGUUGCUACAAUGUCAUCGUACGAGCCGGCGAGUGCAAAAGUUGACGGUGACAAGGUCAGGGUUACAGGCACGACAGAGCCAUCAACAACCUCAGGAGAAAAGGGGUACCUGGAACUGACAUGGACGCAUCCCUUGCAAGACCAAGCUGGCGUCUAUGUGUGUGAAGUGUUCGCACUGAACUCCAAUCUUCACCCCGAGGCUUUGAGAGUAUCAGUGAACAUCGAAAUUAAUGAUGUCGGUAUACCCGAACUCAUCAACUUUAUUUCAGAGAACGACAGAAAAAUAGAGACUCUUCAAAGUCAGCUUGACCAAUACAGAUCUCAAAUAGGACCGCUAGACAAUGGAACACAAAGUCUAACAGAUCAAAAUAAGGUAAAAUUUGACGCCAUAGGAGCUGAUAUUUCAAAUUUAAAGAUGGCCGCCAACAACUUGACGAAUCGAAACAUCCAGAUGGGAAACAUCACGUGCACGUCAAGCAGCAGCGUGAUGAUCACAUUUGACCGACCCUAUGAUUCUCCACCCGCUGUAUUUUUAGCAUUUGACAGCUUGGCGUUAUACCAAGACAUAGUCAUCUCUCCACGCUCCAUAAACAUACAAGAGAAUGGAUUCACUGUCUCGUGUACCUGGAACUCCUAUACACGUGCAUACGGUGUGGGCUGGUUAGCCCUCAACCUGAAUACAUAAACGUAUAUUUUACUAAUACUACGAUAUUAUUUGAUGUCGUUAAUGUAGUAAAUGAGAAAAUAAACUUCAAAAAAUUUUAGGAAUUUAAGCUGUU